AUGAAAUUUAAUCUCAAAGGGAUUGCAAUCCUCUUUAUCACAUUUGCAAUUGGUAUAUCAGCCAUUUCCACAAACGUUAACAUCGUUGAUGGUGAUGAGCAUUUUCAUUACAUUAAAGAAAUCCAUAAACGCGAAGUAUUUCAAACAGAUUAUUUUCAACCUUUCGUUCAUUAUCCAUUUACCGAUAAACCAGUAACUCGUUUCUAUAACUUUACAUUAAAAAAAGUUAAAUUAUCACCUGAUGGUUUUGAAAGAACCGUUUGGAGUGUAAAUGGUCAAUAUCCUGGUCCAAUAAUUCGAGCGAAUAAAGGAGAUCAAAUUGUCGUAAAUGUAACAAAUAACCUCGGGGAUCCAGCAACCGUACAUUGGCAUGGCAUGUAUCAACGAGAAACAAAUUGGUAUGACGGAGUUCCAGGACAAACACAAUGUCCAAUUCCAAAUGGUGUUUCUAUGGUCUACAAUUUUUCUACAGGCGAGCAACAUGGCACUUACUGGUAUCACUCUCACUUUAUGGCUCAAUAUUUAGAAGAAGAUCCAUACUUAAAACAAUAUGAUUAUGAAUAUGCUGUUACUUUAUCUGAAUGGCAUCAUAGAACAACCGGCGUGCUCUUACCGCUUUAUGAUGCUCCAAACUAUGCUGGUUUUCGCCCCAUCCCAGAUUCACCACUCAUAAGCGGUCGUGGUAGGUAUAACUGUACUGCAGCACCCGCUGGAUCUUCAUGUAAACCAAAUGCUCAAUUGGCUAAAUAUAAUGUUAAAAAGAAUAAGAAAUACCGUUUCCAUAUAAUCAAUUCUUCGGGAGAUGCUUUCUUUGUCUUCUCUAUUGAUAAACAUAAAUUAAAGGUUAUUGAAGUAGAAGGAGAGUAUGUUCGUCCAACCAUAAUUGAAAAACUACCCAUAUACAUAGGUCAACGUUACUCCGUAAUUGUUGAUGCUGAUCAACCGGCAGGGAACUAUUGGAUCCGCGGAACCCUUGAUAAAAGUUGUAAUCCGAUUAACAAUUCUACUAUCAACUUUGAUUCUGCUAUCGACUGGAGAGGUCUCGGUAUCCUUCAUUACGAAGAAGCAACAAAUUCCGAUGAACCAACAUCAGUGGAAUCAACUCAAAAUUAUAGAGCAUGUCGUGAUCUUGAUCAAACAAGUUUGCAACCUCUCCAACCAAAAACCCAAUAUGAUAAACCUGUCACCGACUUUUUUAAUAUUACCGUUAGAUUUCAAAGGAAUGAUGAUGGCGUAUUUAGAGCUUUAAUGAACGAAAGUUCAUACGUAUCUCAAAUUAAUGACCCAACAAAUCAUAAAAUUACAUUGAAAUUCCCACCGGAAGAUUUGCCAAAAGAACAAAAUUCUUUGAUUUUAAAUAAUGAAAAAGGUGUCGUAGAAUUGGUGUUGAUGAACAAUAAUCCAGGUUUACACACAUUUCAUAUGCACGGACACUCCUUUGCUGUAGUAUUUGUUGGUGAAAAAGGUGAUUUCCCUGAUCCAAGUAAAUAUAACACGAAAAAUCCUAUUGUUCGUGACACCGUAACUGUUCCUGAAUUUGGAUACUUGGUUAUUCGUUUCAUCGCUGAUAACCCUGGCAUCUGGUCUUUCCACUGUCAUAUUGAAUGGCACGUCGAAAUAGGUAUGGUUCUUCAAUUAAUAGAACUUCCGUCCAUUUUUAAACAAAAAGUAAUACCGGAGGAUGUGAUCUCUUUGUGCAUGGAAUUUGAUUACGAAAAGAAGAAAAAGAGAAGUCACACAGAUCCAACUCUACCGGCACCAUAUCAAGUUUUUAAAAGGAAGCCAAAUCCUGUCAAAAUUAAUGAAAUCCGAAGUUAUAUCAAAUGA